AAAACCUUAAACAGUUUUUUUUCUUAUUUCAAUUGGUAGAAUGCCUUAAUUCUAGUACAGUUUUAGCAUCUUUUAGGUUAAGUUAUGAAUUUCCUUUACGUAUUGGAUUAUAGCAUCAUACUGAUUAUUAUUGGACUAGGGUGUUCAACUGGAGAAGAUAAUCCAGUACAACAUGAUUACAAUCCAGUUACAAAAGCGCCACCAGAUCCUCCUUAUGACGUCACUAUACUUGCUUGCACGAAACAUAGUGCUGUUAUCACAUGGACUUCAAUGCCCGACAUAAAUUCACCAAUUCAAAAGUUUCACGUGGAAUACAACCACUCGUUGUCACCAGAUGUCUGGACAAGAGCUGCUACUGUGAGCAAUGAGUUAGUCAACGAGGUCAAUGUGGAACUAAGACCAUUUGCUAGUUAUAACUUCAGGGUUAUAGCUGAGAAUGUGAUCGGGCAGAGUGAAGCAAGUGUUCCUUCAGCGUCUGUAUGUAAAACAGAGAGCCAGGUUCCGGACAAAAAUCCGUCAAAUGUCCGCACAGACACAAGUAAACCUGGCUGGCUCAUUGUAAAAUGGGAUGCAAUGCCGGAAAUUGAACAUAACGGUCCAGGAUUUAGAUACAAACUUGCUGUAAGCAAAGAUGAACAUAUCACUAAUAUAGAAGUCAAUGACUGGAGGGAGACUACUAGAGAAAUUCACACGGGUUUCGUGAAUGAGCCAUACCUUAUUACUGUAGCGGCUGUAAAUGAUGUCGGAGAAUGUCACGUGCCACCAGUAGAAUAUCUUGGCUACUCGGGACAAGGCGUUCCUGGUCCAGUAAAAGCAGUGGAUAUAAUAGAAAGAGGAGCAGAUUUUUUAACACUUAAAUGGGAAGCACCCGAGGAAACAAAUGGUGACCUUAUAGGAUAUGAUAUCAGAUAUGCAAAGUUGGGAGGGACACGUGUUUUUCAACUAGAAGUCGACAAUGUUUUAAACAACCAAAUAUUACUGAACAACCUUGAUGCAAACCAAAAGUACUGGGUCAAUGUUUCAGCAAAAACUAGACAAGGACGAGGUGAAGCCUUCCAAAUUGAAUCUCAAACUUUACCUGUACAUGAUGCUACAAAGAAGACAAAGAAAUCGACGCCUGCUACAACACCUACUCCACGUGCCACGGGGUCCAGUGUACCGUAUAUGUACGAGACAACCUCCAGUGUACCGUAUAUGUACAAGACGACCUCCAGUGUACCGUAUAUGUACGAGACGACCUCUAGUGUACCGUAUGUGUAUAACAAGAUAAGACUGCCAUAUACUCUUCUACCAUCACUGUACAAUAUAACAAUUCAACCAUUUGUAUAUGGAGACAAUCCCAAAGAUUUCACCUUUGCCUGUGAAGUUGUGAUUGAUUUAGAUUGUAUAGAAUCUACAGACUACAUAUUGAUACACUCCAUGGAUCAUAACAUAUCUUAUAUAUCUAUCACCAAUAAAACUGGUACUACUGAACUUGUUGACUGGUGGUAUAUUGAAGACAUAGAAAUGGUUCAGAUUAGGUCCUUGUACACGCUGACUGCCGGGGUACACUAUACAAUAUACAUCCGGUCCGUGAGCAGAAUGUCCGAGUCUCUGAGAGGCUUCUAUUACAGCCCGUAUAAAGAACGAGAGCAGACAAAAUACAUAUUUACUACAAUGAUGGAGCCGACGGAUGCACGACGUGUUUUCCCAUGCUUUGAUGAGCCGGACUUCAAAGCUGUCUUUAUUUUCAAUAUCAAGAGAAAAGAAGAGCUGAAAAGUCUAACAAAUCUCCCGAAACGUCUUACUGUUGGACCUGACAAUGACGGUUACUAUACGGACAUAUUUGAUGAACCACGGAACGUGCCAAUGUCGACAUAUCUUGUUGCCAUAGCUGUAGGUGACCUUGACUAUCUGGAAUCAACAGUGAACAACGUUACUUUUCGAACUUGGUGUAGAAGUAAGCAGACGAACAAAACAAGAUAUGCUCUCGAGAUAGGCAUGAAGUUCAUGGAAUUCUUUGAGGACUACUUUCAAAUACCAUAUUCCCUACCUAAAGAAGAUAUGAUAGCAGUACCGACUAUGUCAUUCUCUGGUAUGGAACACUGGGGUCUUAUCACAUACCGUGAAAGUAAGAUGUUUUACGAGGAGGGUAUUUCCUCCCUUGACGAGAAGGAAGGCAUUGCUAUCAUCAUCGCUCAUGAAGUUGCCCACCAGUGGUUUGGUAAUUUGGUUUCUCCAUACUGGUGGGAUGAUUUGUGGCUCAAUGAAGGUUUCGCAACAUACAUGAUGUUCUUAGCAGUUGAUCGUGUGUUACCAAGUUGGAACAUGGUAAACAAAUUGAUUGUUGAGCCGCGCGGCGUUCAUAAUGUUAUGCAGAUGGACGAUGACACGUUUACGAGUCACCCAGUUUAUGUACAUGUCGAUAAUCCUGAUGAAAUAAACAGAAUAUUUGAUCUUAUAUCGUAUGCAAAGGGUGGUUCCGUGAUACGGAUGAUGAACUUUUUCCUCGGUGAAGACACGUUCAGGAAAGGACUGACUCGGUACCUUAGAAAGUUCAGCUAUAAGACAGCAACUCACAAUGAUCUUUGGUCCUCCCUGUCUGAGCAAGCGGUUAUAGACAAGCACACUUAUACCGACGUGAAAGCUGUUAUGGACACAUGGGUACUUGAAGCAAACUAUCCAGUGGUCAAUAUAGCACGUGUAAACAGUUCCACAAUUCAGCUAACUCAAUCGGCGUUUCUAGAAACAGAGGAGCAAAGAGUAACGCGGUCGCAUGUCAUCUGGAAAAUUCCGUUUGUGUAUACGACAGACGUUGAAAACAACUUUGACAAAACAUUCGCCGAUAUUACAUGGAUCUCAAACAAAACCGCUCACGUGACUGAUAAGAAAUUAGAGAACGUAGACUGGAUCAUUGGCAACAUACAACAAUACGGGUUUUAUCGUGUAAACUAUGAUGAUGAUAAUUGGAAUGCGUUGCUAAGACAACUACGUACCGACCAUACUGUUAUACACCCGAUCAAUAGAGCCCAAAUUAUUAACGAUGCCUGGAAUCUAGCAAGGGCCGGACUUCUCGACAUGCAGAUAGCAUUGAAGACAUUAGACUAUCUGGACGUAGAGUAUGAUUUUGUAGUUUGGAAGUCUGCGUUACGGGAGCUUGAAUAUAUGAGGUCAUUGUUACAACUAACAGCCAUAUAUGGUCAUUUUGAGAGAUUUAUGAGGGAGAGGUUAGAGAAAACAUAUUUCCACGCUGCUGAUGCCGUCGAUCAUUAUAACAGGCUUCAGUACUCAAUGGUUUCCAAGAUUGCCUGUAAGAUUGGUUUAAAAGCCUGUAUUGACGAUGCUAUGGACGUAUUUACAGCGUGGAUGCAAGAUGACAACUUGAGUGUAGAUCCCGACCUCAAGGAGACAGUUUAUUGUACAGGGGUAGAACAUGGCGACGAGGAAGCGUGGAAUCAUGUUCUGUCUCGGUAUUUUGCUAGUGAAUCAACGAGUGAAACAAACUUCUUGUUACAUGCAUUGACGUGUACACAAAAACCUUGGCUCAUAAUGAGACUUGCAGAAAUGUUGUUUCAUACAGAUAUUUUCUCGAAAACGGAAAAAGUCUCUGUAAUGAUUGAUUUAUCAGACUCGCCUGUCGGUCGUCUGUUAGCAUGGCAUAUUCUAGAAGAAAACUGGGACACCAUUCUAAAACAGUAUGGUGAUAAUAUCAAUCUAAUAAGUGGUAUAAUCUUUGCUGCUGCACGACCUUUCAAUUCACGUUCUGAAGUCAAUCUUGUGAAAAGUUUCAUAGAUAGAAAUACUAAUGUGGGAGGUUUUAAAGGCGAGUUCCUUGGUGUAAUAGAUUUCGUUGAAGGCAACAUUGAGUUGAUGGAUACACACUAUGAUACUAUUAAAGCUUGGUUAACUGCCGAGCUUAAUUAGCCCGUGGACAUUUCUGCUAGAAAUCAUCAAUAUUUACUAGAUAAGGCUGUUUUGCAAUUUGCUUUUAUUGCUUAGUUAGUGUUGAAAGGAUUUUAUAUGACGUCAACAUGUUAAUUCUUCUAUAAUUUGCCUGUGUAUAAUAAUUCGCACCAUUUGAUCAUCGUAUUUUUCAUUUCUUUGUUAUUAGAAAUGUUUUAGAAGUGCUUCGUUCUAAUUACGUGUUUUUAUAUACGAAACGUGUACGUCAUACUUUAGCUACAGACUUUUACGUCGCAGAAUGUUUGGGGAUUGGUAUUUCUUUCAUUUAUGUAGGACAAAACUUGUCUUUACUUUGCGAAAAUUGACUUUAUUGAGAACAAUAAAUAUUCAACAUCA